AGAAAAAGAAAGAAAGCGAGAUAGCCGUGGCUAUUCGGCGAACAUUUCUGACAGUCUUUCUUAUCCGGUUACCAGCGACGUUUCCAAAGAUUCGAGCGUCUCUUUCACGUUCGAUCGAUCGCGCUACGAACGAAAGUAAUACGUUUGCCUCGGCCUCGGAUUACGUUUUAGAUUCUGUUCAGAUUUCAGCCUCGCCGUAAGAAACUUGGCAGUGAGCGAGAAUUUCUUGUGUAUUCGUGAAUCAUUAGCUAUUACUUCAUCGUGACUAGUGUAGCCUAUCCCGUGAAUUCGUAGCUUCUGCUAAUUCACUCCGACGAUCUAUCUUCGCGCGACGAUUUAGUAAAGGAAGACAAACUACUCGAGGGAAAACGCGUCGUCGUACGUUUUCGAUCGUCUCGAGAGAUCUUCUUCUUCGAAAGGUGCGAGAAGAGAAGCAAUAUAUAUCUCGAGUACGUUGCAUCCGUAAAGAUUUCUUCUUCCGUAUGCCUCUCGGAAACUGGUUGGUGAAUCAUUAGGUGCCGCGUUAACUGCGGCGACCAAUAAACUUAAACUCCCUGUAGUCCGGUGGCAGACGCGAGUAGAGAAACUUAUUGACUCUUGGACGUUAGCGCGGAGAUCGUAUCACGCAAGGAGAGACAGGUUUCCGGUCUACCGGUGAUAGUGCUUGCAAAGAUUUCGUUGUCUCCGUAAAAGGAUAGGCGUUCGAUAAGGAAAUGACGGACGACGACAAUAAAGUCAUCGGGAGUCGAUCGGGGUGACGGCAAGAACUUGGUAGAAAGUGUUGCGAUAAAAAAGAAAGGUUCUCUCCGUUGGAAAGAGAGAGAGAGAAAGAGAAAGAAAGCAAGCAAGCAAAUCAUCGAAGAAAAAAAAUAAAAUUCCGAGUAUGGCUAUCACGGCGGUUACGAGUUGCCUAGGGCCACCACCUUUGCCACCAGGCAAACGUUUCCUUCAAAAAUCUUCGAAGAAACUCUCGUCCACGUAUCGAAGCUUUCGCGACCCAGCGAUGGAAUCUUGGCUACCGAACGGAAUAAUCGAGAAAGCCGAAACGAAGCUGUGCCCUCGGGAACCACGAACACCCACGAUCGGAACGUUCGCUAGCGGUAAACUCUUCAGGAGUCGUUCCGAGGGGAAUCUCGGUACUCGCAAAACCGGCACGAAUUUGGUCGCUACUCCGCUCGACAAGUGCAUCAAAGCGAUUUACGGCAGCUGGCGGAACCUCAUGCACCUUGGCGGUAUGAGCCGGCCAUCGAAAGCCGUCACUCAGGCGAAGAAAGUAGCGCCGCCGGCCGUACCUGACGUCUUUCGACAUUCUGGCUCUUCCUUCGGAUCGGCCGGAUAUGCGAGCAGCGAGGAUAGCUGCUUCCUCCCUGGAAGCGGCGGCGGCGGCGGCGGCGGCGGUGGCGGCCCGGCCACCGACGAUGCUUCUUAUGGGAUGCCGUCUGGAAAAAGUCCGGGACCUAUUUUUACGCACCCAGGAUUCGCCUUCCCACCGGUCGUCGGCAAAUACGCCCACGCGGAGGAUCAAGGCAUCGACAUGACGCAAAGUCCCGGAAGAGAUAGUCCCGGCAGUUCGGGAUCGGGUUCGGGUUCGAGACAUUCAACCGCCUCUUUGGAUUCUGGAAGAGCGUCUGGAUAUCAUUUGGGUCCGCGCGGACCCGGUGCUCUCGCGUCAUCGCCGAGGUGUUCCAUCAGCUCCCUUGGGAGCCAUCCCGACAGACCGGCGGAUCUCGACGUCGUUCACGCUUGGCUGACCGAGCUACAAUUCGAAGAAUACUUUCCCCUCUUCGCUUCGGCGGGUUACGACCUUGCUACCAUAACGCGCAUGACGCCGGAGGACCUCACGGCUAUAGGUAUUAAGAAGCCCAAUCACAGGAAGCGUUUGAAAGCGGAGAUAGAUAAUUUGAACAUCGGAGAUGGAUUACCGGAGCACGUGCCUGGCUCGCUCGAGGAGUGGCUGAGACUUCUCAGACUGGAGGAAUAUCUCGGCGCGCUUCAUCAACAGGGCAUGCGUUCGGUCGAGGACGUCACGACUUUGACUUGGGAGGAUCUCGAAGACAUCGGUAUCGUGCGCUUGGGUCAUCAGAAGAAGUUGCUGUUGGCGAUUAAAAGAGUCAAGGAUAUUCGUGCGGGCAAGCGCAUACAGCCUCUGGAUCUGGCGCGUCUGCCUCCUCAUCCUGGACACACGCAGGACGUCGUUAUUCAACGAGGCGGUCCCGACUUGCCGUCGCCCGACGAGGACUGCUCCUCGCCCGUUCUGAGAUCCUUCCAGAGGGGUGGAAGCGAAGCGAACACCGGUGCCGCUUGGAGGAGCAUGUACGCGGCUCUACCGAGCGAUUACAAUACGGUGGGAAGAGGCGGAUCCCGAGGAAAGUCUUUGGAAAGCUUGGAAGACGCGCCGCUCGGCUAUCCGCCCUCGCCGGCGCCACAGUCGCAUCCUCAGCCUUUGGAUUGGCGUCCGCGGAGCUUCGAGGACGGCGAUCUCACUCCUACGAACGACGCUUCCGCGGUAGACGCUGGUGGGGGAACUCUUCCACGUCCCAGACAUUGCCUGGUUCGUCCGCGGCCGGUUGCAAAGGUCACCGCGACGCCAGGGCAGUUCAAGUCGCUGCCCCGAGAUUUCGACAACAAGUAUCAAUUGACGUACGGACUGGAGAGUAGUCCCCAUCUUCCUAAGCGUUGUCCACCCUCGCCACCGAGGCGACAAAGUUCGAGAGACACGGCUGGCCCGACCGUCGUGACCGUCGGUGGCUCGACCGUCGGUGACGUCGUUAUAGAUUGCAGCGGUCCCGUGCCUACCGCUUCCUGCGAGGAUCAUCACAUUCAUCAGCAUCAGCAGCAUCAUCAUCUUCAGCACCAUCAUCAUCUUCAUCACACUCCGCCUCCGCCGCCAGCACCAGCGCCAGCAUCCUCCACUCCUCAACAAGCCAAUCGGCCGCCGUCCUCGAUGUCACGUUCCUGGGGCAGCGUCAGCGUCAACGUUAACGAGGAACACGAAUUAAUUGCCUCGCUCGCUCUGCAACAUCGAAAUGGAUCCGAUGCCAGCUUCAAGUCGAGUUCCAGUACAGAAUCGGACUCGUUACCAUUCGCGAACGAGAAUGCCGGGACGAUAAAGCAGAGAGCUGCUCGGGCUCAAGAAUACGCGACGAGCGGUGCCGGUGGUGGUAUCGGUGGUCACAUCGUUGGACAUCAUUCCGGCAGCGGCGGUGGCGUUGGCGAACCUGCCGACGUUCUCAACGACAUUGGAAAUAUGCUUGCCACUCUGACCGACGAACUCGACGCGAUGCUCGAAGAGGAGAAGCGUCAGGGCCUGAAUUCAUAAUCGUCACUGCCUUUCUUUGCACUUUUUCAAUUUACUAUUUACUAGCGUUGCCAUAAACGACGGCGGGCUCUUUCGAAUCGCGACAAAUACCUAGAUACACGAGUAGAAACUUGGCAAAGAUACCGGAAGCGAAACAAGUAGCCGUUUUGAGAGCAGACGGAAUGCGGCUGGGAACGAGCCGAACGGAAAAGAUAGAUAGCUAGAUAGAUAGAGAGAGAGAGAGAGAGAGAGAGAGAGAAGGAAACUGGAAAAAAAGAUGAAAAGAAAGAUCCACGGGGCCGACGCGAGUCCCUUGCGCCGUCGAAACUUUUCGCGGAUAGAAGAGAACGUCCGUUCCCGACGUGCUGGCGACGGACGUUGUUUAACGCGUUUACGCUACAUCGACUUAACGGCAGGUAGUAAACUAUGUCACGGGGUAAGGAUAUUUCUACGCGCGAAAGCUUCUCGUAAGUCGAUGCGGCGAAACUUUCCGAUGCCUUUUUCCCGCGCGUUCGUAUUCUUCGAUUGGUUUAUCCUUUUUCGUUAGGGAGGGGGAAGAUCUUUAUUUUUCUAUGGAAAUAUCGUGGACUUCCUUCGAAGUUUCCAGAGAUAUAAGCUGGUGUCGCAGCACCGUUGCACAACUUCUUUUUUUUUUUUCUCUUCUCUUUUACUUUUUCUUUGACUCGAAAGCGGUCGUAUCGUAUUCCGCGUCAUUUUGAUUGCUUUCUCAUUUCUGUUUUUUCUUUUUCGGGUCAAGCACGAGGCACGAUCGAGACGUACUUUGAAUCGAUUCGUACGAUAGGUUCGUCGCGCACAUUGCCUUCUAUUUUUCGCGAAAGCACUUUCUUAAGAAUAAGAGAAACGUAUGUACGUGCGAGGAAGCGUCGGCGACGCGAACAACGAUCUUAAUUCCUCGCGAAUUUUAUUCUUACGAAGUUAAUACUCGAAGCUCUUUGCACCUUUUCGUCGUAUAAAGACUGACGCGCGUGUUCUCUGGGAAUUUCACAUUGCAACAGAUAUCACGUACAUUCCAACUAUCAUCGACUUUUCCUUUUUCACUUCCGUCCUUCCGUAGAACUAUAUAGCGUGACCGGGACCUUCGAUGACCGUUGACACUUAAAUAUACUAUUUGUAAGGAAAGAAAGUUUCGCGUCCCGUACUCGGGUCCAUCGUAAAUCAUUCGUUCUCGUUACAGCUGUGCGAUACGAAAAUGUAGUUACCAACAUUUCGAUGCUACGCGACAUACGUAUUCACGAAUCGUCAGACGACGUAAUCGCGAUAUCUGUGCGAGGAACGACACAACUCGAAAACGAAUUUUGCAUCUCCAUUCGUCUCGAAUUCCUUCGACGAAGUUCCACGACGACACUUUAUAAUAAUAUCGAGAAAAAAGAAAGCCGACCGACGAAGAGAAGGCUUUAGCCGGCGAUCGAAUUUUUCAAGGCAAUCACAGUUUAGCGACGACGCGUGAUCACUGUAUGCCAAUUAACCUUUUAUAUUUAUUGUCUGUACUAAUAAACAUAGUGACGUACGUAAUUCACUAUUACCGUGUGGUGCGGCCGUGUGGUGCGUAGAGUAUCCAUGCGUAUCAAAUCAAAUCGUAAUCGUAGCAGUGAAACGUUAUGUAAGACACAGUGUCCAGGUGCUUCUUGCUCCGAAUGCUGGUGCGUACUGAGACUUCUAUGUAGGAUUUAAGAAGCAUGAAAUUUAAUAAGGAAAAAAAUAAAUAAAUAAAUAAUUAACAAGUUAAAGGAAUAAACGUAUUAUAGAACGUGAAUUUUAGAGAGAACCGUCGACUAAGUAUUCAUUGUCAUGUUUGAAAGGAACGAUUGUAAAAAUAUGAGAAACGAUCUCGCGCGUACUCGCGGCGAAUCGUAAGAAAUGCCUGUCGAGGUCUCCGUAUGGACCAGUCCUCCCUAUCGACUAACAAGGAAAACGGAACAGAACGAAAGAAAAGAAAAAGGCGUGAUUCCGCGAGUGAACAUGUUUGAUGUACCAUUGUAAUCGCUCCUCCGAUGCACUCUCCAUUUUUUUGCCUCGACGCAGGUCAUUGCUCUUAAUUGGAUCCAAUUACGUUCCACCGACAUGACAAGAAACACACGGUAGAACAUACACAGAAAACAUGAGAUACACUUAAACUUAGAAUUAAUGGAUUAAAAAAUCGGGCCCGCCGACCAAGCGCAGUCCGCAGACUUGUCUUGUUAACUACUGUAGUUAUAUAGUUCUAUACAUACAUAUUUAUAUAUACAUAUAUAUAUAUAUAUAUACCAUUGGCGAGCAGUGAAUUUUGGGGGAGGGGGUCGUGUUUUGCGGUGCUAGAGGAUUACGAGCGACUCUGUUUCUUUUGCUUUUUCAUCGGGAUUUUCGAAACGAUGUUCGUUUGAGUCAAACGUACGUUUAUCACGAUGUCGGAAGAAAAAUGGACAUCGACUAUGCGCGCGCGCGCGUCCAACACGCUCUAUAAAACUCGUGUUUGAGUAAUUGAUUGAUUGUAUACAACGAUCGACGGAACGUCGAUCUUUCCUCCCCUUAAUUUUUCAUUCGUUCCUCUCGUUACAAAUAUUUGUAGGAUUUCUUCCGUAAGGAAAGAACGCAUCUUCCAUAUCGUAUACUUUAUAAACGAUCGAUCGAUCAGUCGUACUUCCUCGUAGUUAGUUAAUCAUGAUUAGAGAAAAAGAGAGAACGUUAUUAGAUCUGCGAUGAUGUUUUUUUUUUUUUUUAAUGUCCACGCCGUUUAACAAGCGAUUUGGUAGGACGGUGUUCGAUGACGGAAACAUAGGCAGCUAACGAAGAGUUUCCUGAAAGCAUUGCUUCUGCAUGGUGUAUACAUAUUAUAGACAUAUAAAUAUAUAUAUAUAUAUACAUACAUAUAUAUAUAUAUAUAUAUUAAAUUAGAGUUAUAGAUUUUGUACAAACGUAUGCGUUGCCACGGUCUCGCUCGAGCGAGCACGAUGCCCGCCUAAGCUGCAUUGUACAACCCCCUCUCCCUUCCAUGUUGGUUUAAAAGCGCGUUAAAUAUAUUAUUUGGUUUAACGAUUACGAACGAAAGGUGAUUGCUCUUUAAAUAAAGCCAAUUGACGCACCUA